AUGCACCGGCGCAGACUGAAUGAGUUGGCGCUAGGACUGUGCGGACAUUGCCAUCCCCAUAGACAGCAAUGUCUGCUGAGCGGAUUCCGCCCGAAGAAUGAAUUGGUGACAUUCGAUGACUUGGCGGUGUAUUUCCCUGUGGAAGAAUGGGGGAUCCUGGAAAAAUGGCAGAAGGAUCUGUACCAGGAGGUCAUGGUGGAGCUUUACCGGAUACUGCUCUCUGUCGGUCUGAUGACCGUGACACCUGAGAUUAUCCUGAGGAUCAUGAUGGGAGAAGAACCUGUUGUGAAGCAGAAGAGCGGUGCCUGUGUGACCGCCCCCGAGGCCCCGGCACCAGGUGACGCCCCACUCCUGCAAAUAAUAUUGGACACAAACAGCAGAGAUGUCUUUAUCAGAGGGGAUUACCUGGCCCCAGAAAACUGUUUCACCCAUUACCCACCACCAGCAGAUGGGGCGCUGGAGAGUCAGACAGGGAGGGGGAGCUAG